UGAAGGAAGGUGUAUUCUUCAUAGUGUGUUACGAGGACAAAAAUCAACUAGCCUCUUAGAAGAGACUCUUUUUUGCCUUUGUCAGGUAAUUAUAGGUCUUUUUAACUUCUACAGGAGCCCUGAUGUAGCGUGUGGGAGUCGAGCAAGCCCUGUACAAUGGCAGGGUAGAGGGAGCUGGGGGUGGGGGGAAGGCUGAUAAUCGUCCCGUUUAGGAGGGGGCUGGAAAUAAUAGCAUUAAGAUUUGGGCUUUCUUCGGGGCUUGCAGAGGACAUGCGACGUGGAGCAGAGUGGCAGGCCUGGGGAGCAAAUGCCGGUUAAUUAGGCUAAGUAUCAAAGUGCAGCGUUAUAAGAAUUCCUCUUACCUUCCAAUGGGUUUUGUGUAAAGAAAUAUUGGUGUGGGAGGAAAGAGAAUCAGACCAAUCUCCCUCCACAGUCAUCUGCAUCUCUUAGAUUUUUUUUUUCUCCUCCCUUAAAACUCUUCUUUAACAUAUUGGGUUAAGGCUUUAAAAAGUGAAGGCUCGCGCUAAGAAACCCUGUUCCUUCAAUGAUUCCCUAUUUCAAAUAAAAGGAUUUAAGUUGACGUAUGACCACGUGAGCACAUAAUACAGCGCAUUAUUGUGGCAUUUGGAGUGGAGACCCGGUCUGGCUCCGUCUGCGAUUACGCUUUUCCAGUUUCUGUUCAGAGCAAGCACUGCUUUCUAUUAUUUUUUUUUCUCCUGCCCCCAUCACCGUCCCCACAAGAGCUGGCCAUUUCGCUGACAGCUUUCGUUCCUUAUGGAAAGGUUAUUGUCGAGCCGAGAGGACGAAAUGCUUCGUUAGAAAGGAUGGAUUUUAUUUUAAGGUCUGCCCGGAGAGGCCAUUGGAGGAAGAGCGCCACGUGACAGAGGGGUGCCAAUGUUAUUCUCCAAGGGUGUCAAGACCCUGUCAGUUUGCGAAAUAAAUAUUGGGAAACAACGAAAUGCAAAAAGCGACCUACUACGACAGCUCUGCAAUCUAUGGUGCCUACCCCUACCAAGGAGCAAAUGGUUUCACUUAUAAUGCGAGUCAGCAGCAAUAUCCUCCAUCUUCAUCACUUGUGGAAACUGAGUACCACCGCCCCGCGUGCUCCCUCCAGUCCCCUGGCAGCUCUGUGUCCCACCACAAGGCCAAUGACAUCAGUGAGAGUUGCAUGAGGACCCUCCCCAGCCAGACUCUCCAGCCCCCCAGCCUCGCUGACCCACAGGCUCCACCGCAGCCGCCUCCAGCCCAGCAGUCACAACCUCCACCUCCGUCCUCCACCUCACCAUCUCAAAAUGCCAGCAGCAACCCUGCCCCGGCCAACCCCACCAAGAGCCCAGCUCUUAACUCACCCACCGUGUCCAAACAGAUAUUCCCGUGGAUGAAAGAGUCUCGGCAAAACACAAAGCAGAAAAACAGCAGUUCCAGUUCAGGUGAGAGUUGUGCUGGUGAUAAAAGCCCUCCAGGGCAAGCCUCCUCUAAGCGAGCCCGUACAGCUUACACAAGUGCCCAGCUGGUAGAACUGGAAAAGGAGUUCCACUUCAAUAGGUACCUUUGCAGGCCACGAAGGGUAGAAAUGGCUAAUUUGCUCAAUCUCACAGAAAGACAGAUCAAAAUCUGGUUUCAAAACCGCAGAAUGAAAUACAAAAAGGAUCAAAAGGGAAAGGGUAUGAUGACCUCUUCAGGAGGACAGUCCCCAAGCAGAAGCCCCGUCCCUCCAGCUGCUGGGGGAUAUCUAAACUCUAUGCAUUCUUUAGUAAACAGUGUCCCCUACGAGCCCCAGUCACCUCCACCAUUUAACAAGCCUCAUCAAAACACCUAUGGCAUCCCUGCAUCGUACACUGCUCCUCUUAAUAAUUGCCCACCGCCUCAAAAGAGAUACACGGGGACAGCAGCUGUGACACCUGAAUACGAUACUCAUCCUCUUCAAGGCAACGGUUAUGGGAAUCCACACAUACAGGGAAGCCCCGUCUAUGUAGGGGGCAACUACGUGGAGACCAUGACCAAUUCUGGGCCUUCCAUCUUUGGUCUAACUCAUCUCCCUCAUCCUCCCUCUGCCAACAUGGACUACAGCGGGGCUGGGCCAAUGGCCAACAAUCACCACCAUGGACCUUGUGAUCCACAUCCAACAUACACAGACCUAACCGCUCACCAUCCUUCUCAGGGAAGAAUUCAGGAAGCGCCCAAACUCACUCAUCUGUAAGAGACAGGAGUCACUAAGAGGAACACCAAGCCCCCAAGUUUUGGAAAGUACUCAUUCCUUCCCUUCUCUCUCCUCCCCCCAACAUGUGCCCUCCCCUUCCCUUCUCGUUUCUUUUGUUCGUUUUGGUUUGUUUUGUUUCCUUUCGUAAAAGCGUUUUCUAGUUUAUGUGACGUAGCAAUAUUCGUUGCUUGAAUUGCUCUAUAGUUUCACUAGUGGAUAUUUAUCUUCUUGAACUGUAGCCUUGUGUCUCACUUUGGGAGUAUGCAGAGGCUUUAUACUUUACCUUCUACACUUUUAUCAAAACAGGGUAUAUGAACAAAUUUUCUAUAAAAGGAAUUCUUAAAUGUGAAUUUGUUCGUACAUGAUUGAUCCCACGGGGAAGCAAUUUUUUUUAUUGCACUUCUUUUAAAUAGCAAGAAAGACAUCAAAAGCGCUUGGACAGGGACUUCCUGGACAAUUAUUGAUACGUGUAAGUCUUUCAAUGUGUGUAUGCUGGUGAACAUUCAGAUUUAUUUAUAUUUUUUUUUCGCAAACAUUGAAUAAUCUAAGUGUUUAAAAUUUUAUUUAUCCCCAUUUGUU